AUGAAGUCGCUGGACCCUUCUAAACCCGAGACCGAGAGACACAAGGCAAGAAAACCCGAGAUCGAGAGUCUCAAGGCAAGGAAACCUGAGACCGAGAGACACAAGGCAAGAAAACCCGAGAUCGAGAGUCUCAAGGCAAGAAAACCCGAGACCGAGAGACACAAGGCAAGAAAACCCGAGACCGAGAGACACAAGACAAGAAAACCCGAGACCGAGAGACACAAGGCAAGAAACCCGAGACCGAGAGACACAAGAAAACCCGAGACCGAGAGACACAAGGCAAGAAAACCCGACACCGAGAGACACAAGGCAAGAAAACCCGAGACCGAGAGACACAAGGCAAGAAAACCCGACACCGAGAGACACAAGGCAAGAAAACCCGACACCGAGAGACACAAGGCAAGAAAACCCGAGACCGAGAGACACAAGGCAAGAAAACCCGACACCGAGAGACACAAGGCAAGAAAACCCGAGACCGGGAGACACAAGACUUCCAAUAACUGCGUCGAAGGCCCAGCCCCUCCUGCCAAGCCACUAACCCGAGGUCGUUGUGAUGAAAGCUACAAGCAAGAGUCAGAAGCACGGGUCCGGAAACCAGGAUUAAUCCUCAAAAAUUUCGUUACUGUAAACGCUCCAAGCAAUUUACUCCCAAGCAACCAUGAAAGAAGAUCAAGCUAG